CUUCAGAGAGAGUAGACGUGUGUUGCUCUCGCCUCUCGCCUUGUUCCCCUGCAGCUUGUCACACUAACCGUAGUCGUCUUCUUCUUUUCUUACUGCUGCACUGAAAGGGGAGAUGUAGUGUAGUUACUCGAAAAAGACAAGCUUUCUAAGUGAUUAUAAGAAAGUAACUCGUGAAACUUCCCAACGCUCAUCACAACAAUUUAAUAUUUCUCUCCGGUGUGAUGUGAUGUACUUCAAAUUUUGUGGAGAAUGACGAAAAAAUGAAGCGGCAGUUAUAUAAUCGAGAGAAGUAAAUAACUAGACAUUCCUGAAGAAAUGUCACAUGCAAUAAUUACUGAAUAAAAGAAAGGAAGAACAGAAGUGAAGUAAAGUAUUGUAGAUGCUGUAAUUUAUAUGCUCAUUUUUGUGCCACCAAGGUACCAAUCAGUACUGUACCAGCUGACGAGAAAGUAACUGACAAGUGUUCCCUUCAUCUGACGACAUGUACAGGUUACUGCUUGCAUUAACCAUGGGUCUGGCGACGCCGGGGUGGUGUUCGUGGCCUUCUGGACCUUCCUUCGUGGUGUCUCCCGGUAAUGUGACGGUGAGCGAAGGGUCUCAUGCCUUCCUCCCCUGCAGAGUGGCCAACCUCGGCGACAAAUCCGUGACUUGGAUGAGGCGCCGUAACCUGCACAUCAUCUCCGCAGGCCUGCUCACUUACUCGCCAGACGACCGCUACAGGGUGCUGCACCCCGCCAGCACGGACGAGUGGACCCUGCACAUCAGACAUGCCCAACCCGGGGACGGAGGAUGGUACGAGUGUCAGGUGAACUCAGACCCCAAGAUUACCACGCCGGUCCUACUCACCGUCAGAGAUAAGAUUCUUGAGGAUCCUUUCUAUCUCCACGAUCUUACUGCAGACGAGAAUAACACGAUGGUACGCAUUGAGGGGACAGACGAGCGCUACAUCCAGAAGGGAAGCAUCCUAGCCAUCACCUGCACAGUGGACCACAAGGAACGGGCGGGACCGAGUCAGGUGGCGUGGUACCAGGGCGCUGCGAGACUACACUACGACUCUCCCAGGGGUGGCAUUGCACUGCAGACGGAGAAGUCGCCGAGCAGAACAGUGAGCAGACUCAAGCUCUCGGCGGUAACCCCGACAGAUUCUGGCCGCUACAGUUGUCGGCCUGAUACUGGAGGCUUUGCUUCGAUUAUUUUACAUAUCCAGGCAGACCAACCCCGCGCCGCCGUACAGCAGAGUGGCCAUAACGCCUCCCUCUCGCCAUCCUCGUCUCUCCGUCUUGCCCUCCUGCUGCGCGUCCUGGCCUACCUCCUCGUGCACACACAUCGAUGACUGCGGAGGACACUUUUACAACUUCCACCAACUAAUGUGAUGCUCUCGUACUUUUUUUUUCAACCACAGAUACUAUUUUUGUCGAGAGAGAGAGAGAGAGAGAGAG